UUUCAGAGAGCUGCAGCCAAACCAGGACCUGUUAACUUCAGCAUUGUAGCAAAGUUUAUAUCAACAUUUAAACACGGACAAGUGUUCAUCCUUUUUGAACCUAAGGAUGAACACUACUUUAUGGUACUAAAUAUAGGGUUAUAAAUAUUCUUGUUGUGAACUGCAUUAUGUAAUUUGUCCUCUUUACAUGAGGUAAAGAUAUCUUUUGUUAUCCUGUCGUUUAGGAAACAAGUUUGAUUGCUGCAUUUUGUUUGCCUUUUUCGAUUGAUUAUUAUUUUUCGGGAGAUAUGAAUGUUUGAUUCAUCUACCUUUUUUUUUUUGCUAUGAAAAUGUGUUACUGGACCAUCUUUUUUGAUUAUUGAUUUCAAUGUUUUGAGAAAAAGUCAAAUAUAAUUGCGAAUAUCUUUGCCAAAGAGUUAUUUUAUAUACAAAUAUAUAUAUAUACAGGAGUCGCAAUGUCUUGCACCUAUUCUUAUCAAUGUUGGUGCUUGUCCAUUCAUUAUAGAGCAACCAAACAAUUUCCUUUUUUUCCAAAAACGAUGUCUUGGGUCAGCCCCAAACACCAAGUGGUUACCAUGGGACAUCGCUGGCGAGGGAUUUCAGCCUACAAUAAGAACAAUUUCAACAUUCGUGUUCAACCAGACAGGGUAUUUACUCAGAGCAAGAAGGCCUGUGUGUGUCCGUGCACGUCUAAGCUACUACGCCACCAGGCUGGUUGAAGUGCUCCUAGCCGAACACUCUCUGUGCAACAAUAGAGCAGGGAGAUAUUAUCGACCACACCUCUAAGCGUGCCCAUGAAUAAUUAGUGUAAUCCACAUGCCUUUACAAGUGGACUGACCUAAACCAAAGCACAUUCCGCUCCUUACAUUCCACGGAGCUUUUAGCGUACAGCUUGAAGGAGCAAAAACAAGCCAGAUCGUGAUGUCUUACAAAUGUUUGGUUUAGUCCAAUAAAUCAAUUUUACUGUUCACUUCGGAGAAAAAAAAUAUUAACGUUCGGGAGUUUUUUUGUUUAAUUAAUGGCGCUUUGCUAGCCAACUAUUUCUCAGACGCUAUGUAUUUCAACAUGGAGGAUUUGAUAUUUGACCGUAUAUUUCUGACACACAUUCUACGGUAAUCUUUAAUAUAAUAACAUUAAUAAUGUUAAACUUAACAAUAACCAGAUGCUCAGUGUUAUAUCAAAAAGACUUAUUUUAAUGCAAACAUUUGAGUGCUCUAAAUCUGGAGAGGGUCGACGAAGGCAGUUGGAUUAUGUUCAGGUGUACAACACAGACAUUUUGGCACAGUAAUGUAAAAGCCGACCAAAUAUUUGUAUUAUCUUCAAUUUUGCUUCGAUAUAGCCUACAUGUAUUUAAAAAUAAUUGACUUUGUGAAAACUUGGUAAGAUUAUGUUAAUUAUAUUGAGAACUUGAUAUUAAACUGCCAUUUUUUUUGAUGUUAGUGCCAUAGUGCUGGAUUAUUGUUUGUGAUCAUACACAAGUUUGAUUACAAUGAAAUCGAUUUCUAUUCUUUUCGGAUAAAUCAAGCUUGUUCCAGUGUUUUUUGGUCCUUAAUAAAAUGUGGGCUUGAUCCUACGCUAUUUAAUUACAUUUCUUCUCACCCGUUUGGACUGGUUGGCCUAUGUUGAUUCUUGUCUUGUCACACUUUCCCAAAUCCUUUUGAUCAAUAUACUAUAUCUAUUUUUUUACCGGGUUAAGGUCUGGGUUGGGUUACGUUGUAAAUUAAUGGUGAUUAACCACAAAGAAUCUUCAUAGGCCUACUUUCUAGCAUUCAAACCGUAACCAAUGCAAACACAUACAGACAUGCUGCCUUUAUUGAUUCUGGCCGAACAUCAGAGCAUUUGAAUAAAAUUGGAACGUGUGGCUUUCUGAAAGUUGUAGGGUCGAGCUUAUAUCCAUACAGAAAGGACACAGGCCUAUAGUUUAACCCAAAUAUUACCAUCUCAAGUAAACUACAUUUAAUGGAAUUAUUGUUCUCCACUUGGAAGAAUUUUAGUUCAUAUAGUCUAAUCCAAUCAUCUGCGGUAAUUCUGAAGAACGUCACAUUGCGGAAGUAAACAACAGUCUUGUGAUUCCCCUGUCUGUAAUGUUUAGAUUGGUAAAUUCUUCUGAUGGCUCGCAAAAACCUGAUCUAAGGGAUUUAUAUGAAUAAAAAAUAAUCCAUCAAGAAGCAUCAUUGAAUCGAGAGCAAAGCCAAUGCAUCUGAAACCGAUCAAGAUGGCUGUGGGGCAUCGGCCACUGUGCCUUCAGUCUUUCCCCGUUCUGUUCUGGACGUGUUCACUGCUGCUGCUCGGCUGUGGGUGUGUACCCAUGCAGAGAGACAUGGCGAAAGAGGUGGCGAGCUACACUGACGUAGCCAAUCAGAUCAUCAAGCUGGUGUUGUCCGGCUCCGCCCAGAAGCGCUCUUAUGAACGCCUGUCCAACUUCACGGACGCCAUCGGCAACCGAGUCAGUGGCUCCCACAACUUGGAACUGGCCAUCGCAUACAUGUACAACGCCAUGAGCCAAGAUGGCCUGGAUGUACAUUUAGAGCCGGUUAAGGUCCCCCACUGGGUGAGAGGAGAGGAGGGGGCGGAGAUGGUUCUGCCGAGGCCCAAGACGCUGGCCAUGCUGGGGCUGGGCAGCAGCGUGGGGACCCCCCCUGAAGGCAUCGAGGCGGAGGUGGUGGUGGUGAGCUCCUUCGAGGACCUGAAGAGCCGCGGGGCCAACGUCUCGGGCAGGAUCGUGGUGUUCAACCAGCCCUUCGUCAGCUACGGCGAGACGGUGGCUUACCGGGCGUUCGGCGCGUCGGAGGCCGCCAAGCUAGGCGCCGUGGCCGCGCUAAUCCGCUCCGUCACCCCGGUGUCCAUCAACAGCCCCCACACAGGCGUCCAGGACUACCAGGAGGGGGUGCGGCGCAUCCCGGCGGCCUGCAUCACGGUGGAGGACGCCCAGCUCAUGGCCCGCAUGGCGGCCAGGGGUCAGCGGGUGGUGGUCCGGCUGAACAUGGGGGCCAAGACGCUGCCGGACGCCGACUCCUUCAACACGGUGGCGGAGAUCAGGGGAUGGCAGCACCCUGAACAGGUAGUCGUGCUCAGUGGUCACUUGGACAGUUGGGACGUGGGGCAGGGGGCCAUGGACGAUGGGGGAGGAGCCAUCAUCUCCUGGGAGGCCCUGUCCGUCAUCAAGGACCUAGGCCUGCGUCCACGCAGGACCCUGAGAGCCGUUCUGUGGACGGCAGAGGAGCAGGGUGGGGUCGGAGCCCAGCAGUACUACCAGAGACACAAGGCCAACAUCUCCAACUUUGACCUGGUCAUGGAGUCCGACUUGGGGACCUUCGCUCCAGUGGCCUUGCAGUUUACGGGCAGCCCGGCAGCUCAGAAGGUGAUGCAGGAGGUGGUCCAGCUCUUGGCCCCCCUGAAUACGACGCGGCUGGAGCCCCACGGAGAGGGCACCGACAUCGGCCCCUGGAUGCAGGCUGGGGUGCCAGGUGCGAGUCUCCACGUUGAGGACGACAGGUACUUUUGGUUCCACCACUCGGAGGGGGACACCAUGAGCGUCCAGAGCCCCGGCGCUAUGGACCGCUGCUCGGCAUUGUGGGCCGUGGUGGCCUACGUGGUUGCAGAUCUGCAGGACAUGCUCCCCAGAUAGCCAAUCACAACGGGGCAGGCCACCCCGGCCAUCAACCAACCACCCUAGGGAAUAAUUAGCACCGGCUGAUAAUUAGCUUUCCGAUCUUAUUAAAUUCCAAAGGUUUUCAUUUUUAAUAAGGAUUUUGAGUUGUUAAGCCUAAAUACUUUUUUAUUUUGUUAAUAAGAGUGACCACACCAAAGCAUGAUUACUGGAUUAAAAACAUAAUUUAUUUUUAAUUGUUUUUUAUGUUUUCGAAUUAUUCAACCUGUAGUCUGUGAUUUCCCAUGUUACAUAUUAUUUUACAGAAAUGCUGUACUUUUAUUUGUGGACCUAUUCCCUGCUGUUGUCUUUUUGUAUUAAGGUUCACUUGUAAACAGGGUUGGAAAGUAUUAUCGGACAGUGGUUUAUUUCGUGAUUAAGAUUUGUACUUUUGGUACUACAAUAUCGAGCAGAUCACGACUUAAGCAACUUUUUGGUUAUUGAAACGCACUGACCUGCUAUAGUACGCUGCUUUAUAUCAGGGCCAUUUGCAAGAUCAGCAAUCAUGGCCAAAUUUGUUAUCGGGCCAUGAUUAAUGCUCGAGAUCUUACAGGUCAUGUAAACAAAUAUUCUGCUUUUUAUGUUUGGCUAUCGCAUAAUUAGCGCCAACAAGGAAGUACACAUUGACGGGAACAUAGUUAGUAAUAUUAUCAGGGUUAUCAAAUGGAUUGGGUCCAUUGUGCAUUCUUUCAGAUUUUCCGACAUUAGACGUAAGCCGGUAAUUUAUCGUCCUUAUCUUUCUUUUAGAAGGUCCCUUUCAGGUCGACUACUGUGUAAUUCUAUAGCCUGCAAACCAGAGUCUAAUCUGCAAACUCAUGUUUUAGUUGCCCUUACCAACUUUCUGGCCCAGUACUGUUUUGAGAGAUUUCCAUCACAAUCAAUAUUAAGAAAAUACAAUCUAUCGAGCUAGGAAAACAUGAUUAGGCACAAAAACGCAUGUCUCUUCUACAAAAUCAUACAUGGCAUAUCCCCCCUCCACUCAGAAUUUGUUAAUUAUAGAACAAAUCCACAUCGGAUCACAAUAGGAGUCACGAGAGGGAACUGCAUUAUUCCAUUAAGGAAAAGUGCCUUUAAAAGUGCCUCGUUGCUUUGGUGGGCUACUGCUUCGAUGUCUAACACAUCUGAUGUUUCUAUAAGUCCUAGUCUAUCUUUUUAUUUGUAUUUGUCUGAUGCUGGCUCUGGUUUGUCCUGCAUGAUUUAUGUAUUUUAUGGCUUAAACUACUGAAUACUUGUAUGUGGUUAUAAUUAAUGUUUUAUCUGUUGCUUUUAUCUUAGUUAAUGUGUUGUGUUUUUUUAUCUUCUUGUUAUUUGUUAUUUGCUUUUUAGGGAGCCUAUUGUUACAUCUGGCCAAAGACUGCAGAUGGUUACUAGCCAUUAGGCUAAAUCUAGCAUAUUUACAGAAAUGUUUAUUAAGAUGCAUUGUCCCUUCGAAUAAAUAGAAAUAAAAAGCAGACCUGA